GACACACAGAGUGAGGAUUUAAAUCCCCAGCCGAAUGUUCGAAAUUCGAAAACGCACACACACACUCGCAAACAGCUGAUUUGACGUUUGUGACUUUGACAGCGGAUUUUUUCUUUUGUGUGUGCGAAAAAGUGAAAAGCAGAGGUAGUUUUUGUUAGUUUUGAGUCCUUGUGCACCGCUCCAAUUGGUCGCAGUGUGUCCAGCCAUUGGCAAAUCCGCGUGGUAUCCUCGCCAGAACACCAACAGAGUGCAUCAUGUCUCGAGGAUUUAACAACAAUUACGGCGCCACGAGCAGCACAGCCGUGCCCGAUGUUGUGUCCUUCAGUCCCACUGAGUUCAUCUCCCUGUGCGAGAAUGUGGCGCACAACAUCGGCUCCGUCAAGUCCGGAUGGCAGGCGCUGGAGAAGAGCAGUAAGAUUAUCGGCACGCAGCGCGACAAUCAGCAAGCCAGGGACAAAGUGCACCAAGUGCAGAUGUCCACGAAUCAGAAGAUAACGGCCACCAGCAAGGAUCUGCAGCGGCUGGCGGCCAUUGUGCGCGGCGGCGACAAGCAGCAGAAGCUGCAGGUGGAGAAGCUGACGUCGGACUUCAAGAUUGUUGUGGAGAAGUACUCGAGCAGCCAGCAAGCGAUCGCCACGCGGAUGAAGGCGUCGCUGCUGCUCAACGCGUCGCAGCAUGACGACCUGGAAGCGUCGGCGCAGGAGACGCAGCAACUGAUGCAGGCGCAGCGUACCCAGCAGCAGCAGCUGCAGCUGGAGCAGGAUCUGGUGCUGGAGCGCGAGUCGCGCAUGCGGCAGAUCGAGGCGGACGUGCUGGAUGUGAACCAGAUCAUGCGGGACCUGAAUGUGAUGGUGAGCCAGCAGGGCGAGACAAUUGACACCAUCGAGAGCAGCAUCGAGAACACGCGCGGCAACAUCGAGGAGGGCGCGUCUGAGCUGAUGAAGGCGGCCGAGAAUCAGGCCAAGUACCGCAAGAAGGUGCUGAUCCUGCUGAUAAUCGCUGUGAUAAUAGGGUUAAUUGUUACGGGAAUAAUUGUUGCACGGCUCAAGAGUUAAUUUUAUU